UUAACUAAUAAUUAUUAUGAUUGCAGUUUGAGCAUUGAAAAUAAAAUCGAAACAAUAUUGAAUAUAAAAACGAAAUAUGAUAUAAGAUUUAAAUUGACUUUUGAAGAAGUGUGCAAAUUGUAAAAAAUUUUAAUAACUUUGUUUAAGUGAACUGAAUCGAAAAUAUUUCAUUUAUUAAUUUUUAUAACAAAAUAUAAAUUUUUAAAGAUUUGUUUGUUAUUAUUUGGAUUUCGCAUAAUUGCUUAAAGAUGGUGUGGAAAUUGAAUAUUUUCAUUUUAGUUGUCUUAACGGUUACCUACACUUUGGCACAAAAAUAUUCCUCAUCCGGUUAUAAUAUUGUACAUGAGCACCCUGGCUCGAACGCAUAUCAUGGAUUCAGAUUUUUGCAUGGAAGUCCAAAUUGGCAUGGACCAUCCACAUCAAACAGAAAUGGCAAUCCUUUCACAGGAUUAGGAAAUUCAAAUCCUGGUUAUGGUUUACAUUUUCCAAGACCUGGUGCUGCCACUUGUGCUGCUGCACCAGCUAUUUGUCAAAAGACUGCAUAUCGUAGCUUAGAUGGCUCAUGUAACCAUUUGGAAAAUCCACAACUUGGAAUUGCUAAUUCUAGAUAUGGUCGUCUAUUAUCUCCCAAAUAUGCUGAUGGAAUAUCAGCACCUACUAGUUCAAUAACUGGAGAUGAACUACCAAGUGCACGCUUGGUAUCACUUGUUAUAUUUGGAGAACUCGAUGUGCCUGAUCCAAAAUACACAUUGGUAAAUAUGCAGUGGGGCCAAAUAAUGACACAUGAUAUGAGUAUGCAAGCUGGUGGAACACAAUCCAAGAAACAUCCUACCCGCUGUUGUACAGAUGACGGCCGUUUGGUUGGUGCUGAUACAGCACAUAAAACUUGUUUUGCCAUAAUAGUUCCACCUCAUGAUCCUGCUUAUUCUCAAGUUGGCACAGAAUGUCUUAAUUUUGUGCGUACACUUACUGAUCGUGAUGCCAAUUGUCCAAAUAGUCAAGGACCAGCGGAACAACUGACAGUAGUCACAGCUUACAUGGACUUGUCAUUAGUAUAUGGUAAUUCGAUACAACAAAAUAGUCAAAUACGUGCAUUCCAACGUGGUCGUAUGAUAGUCGAGGAGCGUAAUGGUGCAGAAUGGUUACCUUCGUCACGUAAUGUUACUGGUGAUUGUGAUGCAACUGACCCAAAUGAAGUGUGCUAUAUGGCUGGUGAUGUUCGAGUUAAUCAAAAUCCAGGUUUAACUAUGUUACAAACUAUCCUACUGAGAGAACAUAAUCGAAUUGCUGACGUAUUAGCAAAAUUGAACCCACAUUACGAUGAUCGCACCUUGUUCCAAGAGGCACGAAAAAUAAAUAUUGCACAAUAUCAACACAUCAGUUAUUACGAAUGGUUACCAAUCUUCCUUGGCACUGAGAAUAUGUUGAAGAACCGUUUGAUAUAUGAAACACCUGCGGGAGCUUAUGUAAAUGAUUACGAUUCAAAUAUUGAUCCAUCUGUUUUGAAUUCACAUGCAACAGCAGCAUUCAGAUAUUUCCAUUCACAAAUCGAAGGAAGAUUAGAUCUUUUAUCAGAAUUGAGAUCUGUAACAAAUUCAUUGCGACUAAGCGAUUGGUUUAAUCGUCCUGGUAUUCUUGAAGUUGGUGAUAAUUUUGAUUCACUUACAAGAGGUCAUGCUACACAACCCGAAGAAUUAACUGAUAUCAAUUUCGAUCGUGAGAUAAAACACUUUUUGUUUAGAAGAAAUAAUCCCUUCGGUAGUGAUUUACGUGCUAUUGAUAUACAACGUAACCGUGAUCACGGUUUGGCC